AUGGAGGCGGCGGGAGGCGGCGGAGCCCCGGGCCCGGGCAGGGCCCGCCCGGGACAGCCCCAACCCCAACCCCAACCCCAGACACAACCCCAGAUCCAGCCACAGCCGCAGCCCAAGGGCCGGGAGCUCUUCAGGAGCCAGCGCAAGGAGUCCGAGGGCUCCGUGGAUUGUCCCAACCUGGAAUUCGAGUACGGGGAUGCCGACGGCCACGGCGCUGAGCUGGCAGAGCUGUACAGCUACACCGAGGAGCCUGAGCUGAGCCACAACAGGAGAUGCUUCGAGGAGGAUUUUCACACCCAAGUGCCGGACAGGAGGUGGCUGGAGCUGGACAGGGCUCAGCAGAAGGCCUACGUCAUGCGCCUGCUGGAUGGGCUGGAGGUGGUCAACAGGGACAAGAGGCUCAGAGUAGCACGGGCCAUCCUGUACCUGGCACAGGGUGUCUUUGGGGACUGUGAUAAUGAAGGUGAUGUCCUGCACUGGUCUCGGCACAACAGCUUCCUCCUGUACCAGCUGGGAACCUUCUCUGCCUUCCUGGAGCUUCUCAACAUGGAGAUUGAGAACAGCCAGGCCUGCAGCAGCGCCCUGAGGAAGCCAGCCAUCUCCCUGGCCGACAGCACGGAGCUCAGGGUGCUGCUCAGUGUCAUGUACCUGAUGGUGGAGAACAUCCGUGUGGAGCAGGAGACGGAUCCCCCCGAGUGGAAAACCUGCCGGGAGACCUUCAGGAUGGAGCUGAGUUUCCCUGUGCACACUGAGGAGCCCUUUGCUCUGCUGCUCUUCACGAUGGUCACCAAGUUCUGCAGCGGCCACGCUCCACACUUCCCCAUGAAGAAGGUCCUGCUCCUGCUCUGGAAGGUGCUCCUGUUCACGCUGGGCGGGUUCGAGGCGCUGCAGGCCAUGAAGGUGCGGCGGCGGGAGGAGCUGGGGCUGCCGCCCCUGCCCGAGGACAGCAUCCAGGUGGUGCGGGGGAUGCGUGCGGCCUCCCCGCCCACCUACGCCAUCGAGCUGGUGGAGCAGCAGCAGCAGCAGCAGCAGCAGCAGCAGCCGCAGCAGCAGAAGCGGAGCCACCGCAGCCGCAGGCCCCUGAUGAAGCAAGACAGUUUGGAUAUCUACAACGAGAGAGAUCCCUUCAAGAACGACGAAGGAGGGGUUGAUGAGGAGGAGAGCGACGACGUGGACAGUGGGAUCGAGGGGGAGCUGGACCUGCUGGAGCGGGACGCCAUCAUCGCCGCCGUGCCGGCUCAGCGCCCGCCCAUCGAGAGGGUGUCCUUCCCCAAGGGGCUCCCCUGGGCCCCCAAAGUCAGACAGAAAGACAUCGAGCAUUUCCUGGAAGCAAGCAGGAACAAAUUCAUCGGAUUCACGCUGGGACAGGACACUGAAACCCUGAUAGGGCUCCCGCGGCCGAUCCAUGAAAGUGUGAAGACCCUGAAGCAGCACAAGUACGUUUCCAUCUCGGAUGUCCAGAUCAAGAACGAGGAGGAGCUGGAGAAGUGCCCCAUGUCUCUGGGGGAAGAGGAAGUGCAAGAAACCCCUUGUGAAAUGUUGUAUCGAGCAAUGUUGUACAAUCUCCCCCAGUACAUGAUCGCUUUGCUGAAGAUCCUCCUGGCUGCUGCACCCACCUCCAAGGCCAAGACUGACUCCAUCAACAUCCUGGCAGACGUGUUGCCUGAAGAGAUGCCCAUCACGGUCCUGCAGAGCAUGAAGCUGGGCAUGGACGUGAACAGGCACAAGGAGAUCAUCGUGAAGAGCAUCUCGGCGCUGCUGCUGCUGCUCCUCAAGCACUUCAAGCUGAACCACAUCUACCAGUUUGAGUACGUGUCCCAACACCUGGUGUUUGCCAACUGCAUCCCGCUGAUCCUGAAAUUCUUCAACCAGAACAUCAUGUCUUACAUCACUGCCAAAAACAGCAUCUCUGUCCUGGAUUAUCCGCGUUGCACGGUCUGUGACUUGCCUGAGCUCACAGCAGAAAGUCUGGAAGCUGGAGACAACAACCAGUUCUGCUGGAGGAAUUUGUUCUCCUGCAUUAACUUGCUGAGGAUCCUCAACAAGCUGACCAAGUGGAAACACUCGAGGACAAUGAUGCUGGUGGUGUUCAAAUCAGCCCCCAUCCUGAAGCGGGCUCUGAAGGUGAAGCAGGCCAUGAUGCAGCUCUACGUGCUCAAGCUGCUGAAAAUCCAGACCAAGUACCUGGGGCGCCAGUGGAGGAAGAGCAACAUGAAGACCAUGUCUGCCAUCUACCAGAAGGUGCGGCACCGCAUGAACGACGACUGGGCCUACGGCAACGACAUCGACGCCAGGCCGUGGGAUUUCCAGGCUGAGGAAUGCACGCUGAGGGCCAACAUCGAAGCCUUCAACAGCCGCAGGUACGACAAGCCGCAGGACUCGGAGUUCGCCCCGGUGGACAACUGCCUGCAGAGCGUGCUGGGCCAGCGCCUGGAGCUGCCCGAGGACUUCCACUACUCCUACGAGCUGUGGCUGGAGCGGGAGGUGUUUUCACAGCCCAUUCGCUGGGAAGAGCUGCUGCACUGCCAGUGACUGCACUGCCAGUGACUGCACUGCCAGUGACUGCACUGCCAGUGACUGCACUGCCAGUGACUGACUGCGCUGCCAGUGACUGAC